AUGGAGCGGCCCCGCGUCGCGUUCGCGCCCGUCGCGUAUACGCCUGGGUUCCCUGCUGAGGGCGGUGUGCUCGAUGCGCCGAAGGAAAGCCUCCCGUUACCUACCACCAGCUCCUUCACCACCGGUACGCCCAACGCCUCGACGGCUCCCACCCUCGGCGCCCCGACAGUGCCCAUCCUCGGCGCCCCGACCCCGACCCCCACCCCCUCACCCCUCGGCAACAUCCCCACCGAGGCCGAAUGGCACGCCCUCUGGGCCGCCUGGGACCUCGUCACUCUGUCAAUGAUCCCGCCCGACAUGCUGCACCAGAAGCCGAUCGACUUGCGGCACAAGUGCUUGUUCUACAUCGGGCACAUUCCGACUUUCCUCGACAUGCUCCUGAACAGAGCUGUGGGCGGGGGACCUAGUGAGCCGGCGUACUUCUGGAACAUCUUCGAGCGGGGGAUCGACCCGCAUGUGGACGAUCCGGACCAUUGUCAUAACCACUCCGAGGUGCCCACCCGCGACGAGGACUGGCCGACCCUCGAGACGAUCAUCGCUUUCCGCGACCGCGUCCGCGCGCGCCUCAUGCGCCUCUACGCCGACCUGCGCGCCGGGCGGGUCGCGCUGUCCCGGAACAUCGCGAGGACGCUGUGUUAUACGCUCGAGCAUGAGGGGUUCCAUGUGGAGACCCUCCUCUACAUGCUCAUCCAGCGCGCGGGCUCGGGCACGCUGCCCCCGCCCGGCUUCACCCCGCCACCCUGGGACCUCCUCAAGGCGCAGUGGGAUGCCCUGCCUCAGCCCGCGACGUCUACCGUCACCCUUGGCCCCGCGGAGAUCACGCUUGGGCACGACGACUCAGAGGGGGAGGAUUCCACACGUCAAUACAGCGAGCAAGAAAUCGUCAACCAUGAAUUUGGAUGGGAUAACGAGUCGCCGGCGCGACGCGUGCAGGUCAGCGCGUUCCGCGCGGAGUGGCGGCCCGUGACGAAUGGGGAGUUUGAGGUGUAUUGGAGGAUGGGCGAGGGGAGGGUGCCGAUGCCGAAGAGUUGGGUGGAGGAGGAGGGGGAGGUUAAGGUGAGUAGUGUUUGCAUACUCACAGUCCGCACCAUGUACGGCCCCGUCGCCUUCGAUGUCGCGCGGAACUGGCCCGUGCUGACCGCCUACGACGACCUCGCUGCGUACGCUGCCAGCAAGGGCGGCCGCCUCCCCACUGAGCCCGAGCUGCGGCUCUUCCUCGACACGUACGACGUCGGGCACGCCGGGGGCGCGAACGUGGGUUUCCGCAACUGGCAUCCAGUACCCGCGACUGCAGGACUAGAGUUGGGUGGCGAGGCCUCCACCAUCAACGACACCACCACCGCCACCUCCGCCUCCUCCUCCUCGCCCUUCAGCACCGGCUUCACCAGCGGCGCCGGCUCCAACGGCGGCGUCUGGGAGUGGACGAGCACCGCCUUCGACACGCACCCCGGGCUGGCGCCCACCCAGCUCUUCCCGGGGUACUCGACCGACUUCUUUGACACGAAGCACCAGGUCGUGCUCGGCGCGUCGUACGCGACGAUCCCGCGCCUCGGGCGGCGCACGGUGCGCAACUUCUACCAGCACAACUAUCCGUAUCCGUGGGUGGCGGGGCGGGUGGUGUAUGAUGUGUAG